AUGAGGUUCAGCAAGACCAAGGGCAGGUGCUGCACCGAAACACAGACGGGGGAAGAAUGGAUAGAGAGCAGCCCUGAGAAGGAUUUGGGGGAAUGGGUUGACAAGAAGCUCACCAUGCCGCCACAACAGUGGCAACAGCACAAACUGAGCUGUGAGGAUGAUGAGGGCUCAGAGCAGCCCCAGGGUGGUCCCAGCUCUGUCCCCCCGCUGUCCCCCCCAGAUGCCAUCCGGGAGCGCCCCAAUUCCGCCAUCUACCCCUCGGAGAGUUUCCGGCAGACGCUGCUGGGGCCGCGCCGCGGCCGCCCCUCCUUGUCCCUCUCCAAGAGCGUCUCCACCACCAACAUCUCGGGGACGUUCAACGAUGACUCUCCCCUGGGCAUCCGGCGGAUCCUGUCCCAAUCCACGGAUUCCCUCAACAUGCGCAACCGGACGCUCUCCGUGGAGUCGCUGAUCGACGAAGGCCCUGACGUCAUCCUGAGCCAGCUGCUGAGCGAUUUGGAGGCGGAUGGGAAGGAGUUCGAGGCGGAUUCCUGGAGCCUGGCGGUGGAUAACAGCUUCCUGCAGCAGCACCGCAUGGACGUCAUGAAGCGGCAGGAUGUCAUCUACGAGAACGGGCCGGGGUCGGCGUGGCCCCCUCUGCUCAGCCCGGCCCCAAAGGUGUGUUCACUAGCCCCAGAGGGUGUUCACUAG